UCCUCCAACUGCCUUUGGGACAUGCUCUGCUGAUUUUUGACCUGAAGGGAGGGGGGAUGGGGUAGAAGCUAGAAAAGCCUGAGCCAAAGCACUUGGUUAGAGAGAAGGUGGCAGCCUGGGCUAAAGCUCAGGGUAGGCAGGGGGGAAGUAGAUGUAAGAAUGUACCAAGGAGUGAUGUUAAUUCAACUUUGGGUGUGUGAUUAUUACAUGGGGUCUUAACCAUGUAAUAGGUCUUUAAUGCCCUGAGCCUCCAACGUGAGUGUAAUGGCAGCCAAAUGUCCUGGCAUUGGUACAUUUCUCUAAUACAGAACUGCAGCCCUGAACUGAGCAACCAAAUUGCUCCUAUGGUGAUAUGGAAACUUCAGGGAACUGCCUCUGGUGAAUCUUGAAGAUCUGUGCCUGAGAAAAGCUCUACCUUUCCUUGUGUGAGCAGCUGUCUGGUGCUAUGUGGAUGUUUAAGCAGUGAACUGCUUGGCAAUAAAGAAUCCCACGCAGCAGCUUGGACUUGCCUUGUUGCAUUGCUCAGUGAUACUGCUGACCUCAGUCCAGAAGUGAAAGCGAAAAUCCAUUAUGAAACCUAGUUGAAUUAUAAAGAAGGAGGAGCCCGUAGUGUGCCUUUUUCUCUGGGAUCCAAGAGGCUUCUGCAUCUCCUGUGCAGGGCUCUGGAAGAGAAGCUGAAUGAUUGGGAGUUGGAAAGAACUGCUCAGGCACUCGGAGAAGGGAAUGGAAGAGGCAGGAAAGCUUCCUCAGACAAAGCAGCUUUUGAGGAAGAUGACUAAGGGGGGAGCCUGGUGAGCCUGACCUGGGACCACAGAGGAUCUCAGAGAACAUCCAGCACCACUGGAACUGAGCACCCAGGGCAGCCAGAUGGACUCUCCCCACCUCAUGGGGUUGUGUUUCCUGCUCCUGGCUGUUGCAGCUCCCCUUCCAAAUAUUGCCAUGCCCAGUGGUGACUCCGCUGAGAGAACACAUGACUCUUCAGAGGUGACAGUCUACUACUGUAAAGACUGCACAAUCAGUGAAUGUGAAUCAGGCAGUUUUGUAAGAUUUGUAAAAAUGGCUGAAACGGAAAACAAGGGCAAAAUUGAGUUGGUGACCAGGAAAACACACAUCCUUAUGUGCUUUCAGCAAGGAAAUACCUUUUCUGAAGGAAUUUAUGGCAUUGUCUGGAAAAAAACUGGGGGAUUUGGAUACUCAUGUGGCAUCCUGAAUUCUACAGCUUUCUCAGAAAAUGGGAGAGGUAGCAUCAGUCCUGAGGAGAAUAAAAUUUGCUGUGAAGCAGAAACAAAUAUCUGGGAGUCCAAUCUUACACUGAAGUGCCACACUGAAAUGUCAGGUGCAGAAACUAGAAAAGCACCAGCUGGUAUCCUUGGUGAGGAAAUUCCAGGUAGAAGGAGCAACAUUGUCAUCUCCCUGACAUUCCUGCUGUUCCUUGUGGCUUGUGCAGGAAUGGUCAGCAUGUAUUGCUAUCGGCGGCAUCGGAACAGUCAAGCUCUUAGAAUAAACAGACAGGCUUCAGAUGAAGAGAGCCUCACACAUGGUUGAAAACCAUCUACAAGUGGGAAGACCUCUGUGCCAGCAGCAUCUUCCUCUGUCCUGAUUUACAGCAACCAGCUGAAGCAACAGGGGCUAAUUUCCCUGAGACCUCCUGGUCCCAUAUUCACAAAUGGUCUGGUUUUCACAAAUGCACCUUCACCACAUCCACACGUUCACCAAGGACUGUGACUGCCACAACUGUCCAGCUCCAGGCCUUCAUGAGCAGCACAAGCAGCCCCCUGGAUCUCCCAUCCUCUGCUGGUGCUUGGCUGAGGACAGCAGCCAUCACAAGGUGUGUGGCUGACUCAGCAGCACAGCCUUAAACCUGCUGAAUUAUC